AUGUUUCAGGUUGCACUUCUCCUGGCUUGCGCCUGCGUUGUUGCCGCCCAGCGGUUCGGCGUGGCUCGCCAAGAUGAAUUCUACGGCCCUCCGAUCCCGUACGCCUUCAACUACCUCUCCCAACUCGUGGACGGCAGCCACUCCCACGAGGAGAACGGAGACGGCAACGGACGCGUCACCGGCCGAUACACCCUGACCGACGCCGACGGCCGCACCAGGACCGUCACGUACACCGCCGACGAGAACGGCUUCCGCGCCGAAGUCGUCACUAACGAGCUGGGUACCGAGUCCAAGAACCCCGCCGACGUGGUCUUCCGGUCCAGCGCUCCGACAGGGCCCGAGGCCGCCAUUGCCAACGAGGGCAACCGACUCCGUGCUGGACCAGUGGUCGGAGGUUUCAGGGGCUAG